CCAAAAUGAACAGCCUCAAAAGACUCCACGAGCGGCUAAACGAUGGCGCAUAGGCGUAGCUGAGUUGAACUGUGAAAAUGGAGGGCGAACCGAAACCAAGCGACGAGCUAUCUAGAUUCCUUGAUUCCGGCAUUUACGAAUUACACAAUUCAAAUGCCGUCUUCAUCGACCCAGUUCGCGUGCUUAAUCGAUCCUACACUCGUUUUAGGGUAUCUCCUUCCACCUAUUACUCCCGUUUCUUUGAAUACGAACACCCAGCUCAAGAAUCCAAUCCCUCAUCCAAUCCUAAGAAACGAAAACGAAAAUCAAAGAAAAAAGAUCGCUCCCUCAAUGAAAAAGAACAAGCAGCGGAAAAGCGUCAUCAGGCGGUGCCUUUAUUACUGAAGGCGCAUGAAUCUUUACUUGGAGCAGCUGAUUUUCCAGCCAUUAUGAGCAAAAUAAGGAGUGUUUUUUGUUCUUCAGCGGAGCUAAGCGGUGGUGAAGAACAUUCAUUCAUUGAGCUUGGGAAAGUUUGGCAAGCUCCUUUGUAUGAUAUAACUCUUGAUUUUAAGUCCAGCCUACUGGAAAACGAGACUGAUAAUGGAGAAAAUCGAAUAAAUGAGCGGAGAGUGCUUCCGAUUUUUCAUAACUUAGUGGUCAACGACAAGCCUGAAGAUGUGGAGGCUGAAUUUCUUAAAAGGCAUUAUAUUUUACCUAGACUGAGUUGCUUCUACAUGUCGGAUUUGGGGCAGAUUCGCAAUAUCGUUCCUGCUGCAUCUGAGAGUGGUUUCAACCUUAUAGUUAUUGAUCCUCCAUGGGAAAAUGGAAGUGCCCGUCAGAAAUCAGUGUACCCAACUUUACCAAACCGGUAUUUCUUGUCUCUCCCUAUAAAGCAACUUACACACACAGGUGGUGCACUUGUGGCCUUGUGGGUGACAAAUAGAGAGAAAUUGCGUAACUUUGUCGAGAAAGAGCUAUUCCCUGCAUGGGGAGUUAGAUAUAUUUCCACACUUUACUGGUUGAAGGUGAAAGGAGAUGGUUCAUUGAUCAGUGAUCUUGGCCUCUUUCAUCAUCGACCAUAUGAAUGCCUUCUCCUGGGAUACUGUAAUGGAAAUGAAAUGGAUUCAGGUUGCCUUUCAGAAUUUAUGCCCAUAAAAGAUAAACGUAUUAUCAUAAGUAUUCCUGGUGGUUACUCCAGGAAGCCCCCGAUUGGAGAAUUACUGUUGGAGCAUGUUCCAGGAGUUAAAUCUGCUAGAUGUAUUGAACUCUUUGCCAGAGAAAUGUUAGGUGGGUGGGUUUCUUGGGGAAACGAACCACUUCACUUUCAGGACUUGAGAUAUUUUGAAACAGUGAAUAUGUAAAUUAUCCUCGGACUGCUGUCUCGUGGGAAUCCUGCAUUCAAAGUUUACCUGGCAUAGAUUGGUUUGGUUCCAGUUUCAUAUCCCCAAGCACAUUAUCCUAGCUCGGAUGGUUAUUGUUAGCAAUCUGUGCCAACCAAAGAUAAAAUGAGCAAAUGGAGCCUUUCAGUAGUUGAAGAUGAAAGCUGUAUAUUGUGUAACCAAGAAGCAGAAAUUGGACAUCAGUUAUCUUUUACUUGUACAAAACAGUAUGGCAAAGAACUUCUGUCCAGAUUGCCGAGGCAUAUUGGAGACUGGCACAAUGAAUUUAAUUGGACCACUAUAAAAAUGCAGAGGGCCGAAGCACUGAUCACUUUCCUCGGUCCACACUAGGCUUGCAUCGAGUGGCAAAGAACCUAUCCUAAAGCAUCAACAACAGGCGCUGAACUUUCCUCAUGAACCAGUUGUUCAACUUCAACCGGCAUCCGAGGAUGAAACGGAAGACACCAAGCUAAUUUUGCCAUCCCAUCUGCCACCUUGUUACCAUCUCGAAGAGUAUGCUGAAACUGCAACCUCCAAUCUCGUUGGAGAAGUUCAACGAUGUGUGAAACAAGUGGGGAGACUACCUCCAUAUCCAUGCCUUGUUCGAGCAAUGUUCGAGCAAGGUCCAAGCUAUCCAUUUCAAGUUAAAUUCAGUCCUUCGAGAACUCUCUAAAGCUCCGCAUCAAGCACGAACACCUCCCGAUAGCUUUCGGAAACCCCCCAAUCCAUCCACCACAACUAUCCCAUAUAACUCUACCACAAGCUAUUAAGUUCGAGGUCAAUUUUUCACG